CGUUCUCGAGUCCUCACUCUCUUCGAUCAAUCCUCUCAUAAAAGGUCACAGACUGAAACUGAAACUGAAACUCAAAUUCAAUGGCUCCCUCUUUCUCUCGCUUGCUGUUGGUAUUGGGAUUCUCCGCCUUGUUGUGCAUUUCAGUAGCAGCAGCUUUCCAAUCCGAUGAGCUCUUAUUGGACGACGACGAGUUCGGUCUAGAAGGAGGGUUGCACACUAAGUCUCCUGAUCUCACAUAUACACGAUCCUCGCCUCCGCCACCAUCAACACCAACUUCAUCAACCUCCCGGAAGAGGUUUUCCGAUCCGGAUUCGGACUCUAAGAUCCAAUUCCAGCUCCAUCACGCCUUUGGGGACUCUGAUUUCUCUCCCGCUGGUACUUUCAGUGCUCGCUUGAAGACAUGGAAUCACGGUGGUCAGACCCUUACAAAGCUACGAUUUUCGAGGAAUUCUUUUACUGAAGAGGAGAAGGAGAAGUUUGCACUACUACUGAAGGGAGAUGACUUCUAUAGGAUAAGAUUGCCGUCCAGUGUUUUGAAUCCUCCUGGGAGGGAUUAUGUUAUUUCUUCAGUAAAAGCGAGAUGUCUUCCACGGGAUGGUUUGGAUGAGCAUUUUGUUAUACACACGGAUGGAAUUAAUAUCUUGGCAGUUAAUUAUGGUUCGCCUGGGGCAUGUCCAUAUCCUCGGCAAAUGAAACUUCCUGGAAAGUGGUCUUUUAACUCUCACACGGUUUUGAAGAAUAGUGAGCAAGCACCAAGAGCUCCAGUGUUUGCUGAGGAGAUUCUUGGAGGUGAGUUAGGAGAAGGUGAAGUUGUACCGCCACCAGAAAGGUCCCUUUGGGCUAAAUAUUGGAUGUACCUAAUCCCGCUUGGGCUCAUUGUCAUGAAUGCCGUAACCCAAGCAAUGAACAUGGCAGAGGAACCGGGUGCUGGUCAGCCAGCAGGCCAAGCACAGCAGCCAGCUGCAGUCCAGCGUGGGUCAAGUUCUGCUGUGCGAAGAAGAUAGUCUGUUUGCUCAUUUUUCUCUUCAAAGAUUUGACGUCACCUGAAAUGAAUGACAUUUUAGGUUUGACCUUUUCGUUGUAUCUUUAAUCCCAUGGGGACCUUCAUGAGGGUUGUAAAUUUUUAGUGAUUUUGUUAUAUUUUCAGUAGGGAAUGUAAGGUUGAAUUGAUGAAGGCUUCAGGAUUAGCAUUUAUAAAGAAUUUUGCAUGUAUU